AUGACUCAAUAUCCCCAAACACAAGAUGCUAAUAUACCAUCAUCCACAUCAUCAGUUAUUCAAACUUCGUCAUCUCCACCAAAUGCUACUGAUGCUCCGCCAAACGUUACUGAUACUCCACCAAAUGUUACUGAUAAUUUAAAUGUUACAGAUACUCGUCAGAGCGUUACAAAUACUCCGUCAAACAUUCAAGAAACAAUCCAAAUUACCCAAUCAACUCCUCCUCCUCCUUCAUAUGAUCAAGCUAUUCUUCACCCUCCAAAUAUUCAAGAAAUUCCACAAAAUAUACAAGUAAAUAAUGAAGUUGUUCAACCAAUUCAACCAACUUUUUCUCAUAACAUCCCAUCAUCUCAUCCAUAUACAAGUCAAUAUUUCUCUCAACCUUAUCAAACUCCUAUUGUUGUUGAUACUAAUAAUACUGUUUAUGAUGGGUCAACUAAUAAUAAUACAACAGUAUCUAGAAAGGUAAUCAUUUCUAUUAGAACAUUUAUAACCAUAAUAUUUAUAUUCUUGACCAUUAUCUAUUUUCGAUAUCUUUCUUAUGGAUUUUAUAUCGCCCUUCUCAUCUCUGUUUUAAGUGUACUUUUUUAUAUUGUUAGAGUAAUUAAUGUAUAUAAUAGAGGUCAAUUAUUUACUGGUAAUCUAUUUAGUUAUGAAGUAACUAAAUUAAAAAUAGGUUUAAGUGUUUUAUCAUCUAUUUUAUUUAUUUUAUUAUCAAUAGCCAUUGUGACAGCUUUUGGUUUUAUUUCUUAUAGUUUAUUAUCUUGGUGUGUUUUUGCUCUUGCUGUAUUUUGGGUUAUAUCUACUAUAUUUAUGUAUAAUGAAUAUAGAAGGAAUAAUAUUAAUUCUAAUCAACCUGGGGAUAAUGUAAUCAUGACAAAUGCUUAUGAUAAUAAUACGAUAAAUGGGAGUAAUAAUAUGGUUGGGUAUGGAAAUAAUACUAUGAGUAGUUAUGGGAAUAAUACAUUGAAUGGAAAUAAUAAUAAUAUGGGCGGAUAUGGAAAUAAUGCUGUGAGUGGGUAUGGGAAUAAUAAUAUGGGCGGGGAUGGGUACACUGGAACGGGUUAUCAAGCUAAUAGUGGUUAUCGAACUAAUGUGGGUAAUGGUUAUCAAAAUGAUCCUGCUGCUGCAAAUAGUUAUGUAAUAAGUAGUGUUAAUAGUUAUGGUCAGAAUGAGUAUUACGUUAUUACAUAA